CGCAUUUAUUACCACACACUGAAAAAUCCAUUUUUUUUUCUCUGAUAGAACUGCCUGUUAACGCCGUUUGUUGAUUCCAACCUUAGCGUCUUGUUUAAUAAAACUUUCACACAGAGCUAACUGCUAAUUAGCUCCCGUUGGCUAAAGUUCUCAUCACGUCGCGGUGAAGCUGCUGUUAUUCCCUCAGCCUGCCUGUCAUCUCUCCCCGGUCACACACACACACACAGAGGGAUGCCUACGUCGGAGCCGGUUCGGCUGGGUCGGAAACGAGCCCUGCCCGCCUGCCCGAACCCACUGUUCCUCCGGUGGCUCACCGAGCUCCGGGACGAGGCGAAGGAGAAAGGACUGAAGACCCAGUACACCUACCAGAAGGCCAUCAACUCUUUGAAUAAAUAUCCGCUGCCACUGCGAAACGCCAAAGAGGCAAAGAUCCUGCAGAACUUUGGAGACGGCAUCUGUAAAAUACUGGAUGAAAAGCUGCAGCGGCACUAUCGAGAGAACGGUGCAGACGCUCAGAUCCACUCGGUCCCUGAAGCAGCGCCUCCUGCAGGCAGAACAGACAACAACAGCAUGGCUCCGUCCAGGAAGAAGAACACAGCAGGUGAUGGAGGGAAGGCCAGAGAAACAUCAGAAGGGAAGAAGAAGAAGAAGAAGAAGAAGAGGGAGUAUGUUCCUCAGAGGAGGUCUGGAGGAUACGCUGUCCUGCUCACUCUGUACCGACAGUCACAGAUCCCGGGCAGUAAAGGUUUUAUGUUUAAGCUCGAACUACAAACUGAAGCUCAGCCUCUCUGUGAUAAAUCUUUUGCUGUGCCUGAUCUGGGCAGUAAAUACACAGCCUGGUCUUCAGUCAGCACUCUGAUCCAGAAAAACCUGCUCAUUAAGACUCACACUCCUGCAAGGUAUUCUCUGACAGAAGAAGGUCUGGCUUUGGCCGAGCGUCUGGCGGCAGCAGAACAAGAAACUAAAGUCUGUUCAGGAGGGGAUGAAGGGGAGGAAGAGGAGGGUCCAGGAGUGGUCGACCUGACUGCUAGUGAUGAAGGAGAGGAGGAGGAGGAGAGAAUACAUCCGACAGUCAGAGCUGUUGGCCAGACGAGCAGCGACGUGGACGCUUUGUGUUCAUCAGAAAAACCUCAAAAUUCACAGGCAACCAGCAGAAAUCCGAGUGGAGGAUGUCUGCUACCUGGAACCUACGAAAUUAUACUCUGUGUGGACUUUAUUGAGACCACUGGCGGCAGCCACCACCGUAAGCAGGAGCUGGUCAAAGAACUGCAGAGAAACGGAGUCAACUUUGACGUCAGGAAGCUCAAUGUUGGUGACUUCCUGUGGGUGGCUCGGGAAAAAGUCACACCCGUUCCAGGUCAGCUGCGACUCCCUGCUGGCAGAGAACUGGUCCUGGAUUAUAUAAUAGAGAGGAAGAGGAUGGACGACCUGUGUGGGAGCAUCAUCGACGGACGCUUCAGAGAGCAGAAGUUCCGACUGAAGCGCUGUGGACUUCGCCGGCCAAUUUAUUUAGUGGAGGAAUGCGGGACGGCUGCUUCUCACCUGAGUUUACCUGAAGCUACACUGCAGCAGGCCAUCAUCAACACUCAGGUGAUCGAUGGCUUCUUUGUGAAGAGAGUUCAGGAUGUAAGAGAAUCGGCAGCUUAUCUCACCGUCAUGACACGGUUCCUGAACAAACUCUACCAGAACCGGACCCUGACGUGUCGGUCCAGAGAGCUGGAGGGGGAUGUGAGCGCUGAUGAGGAGGAGAGAGGAAUCCCCUCCAGCUCUCUCAUCUCUUUUGCAGAGUUCAACCACGGCGCAUUAAAAAACAAGUGUCAGACGGUGAGGGAGGUGUUUGCCAGACAGUUGAUGCAGAUCAGCGGUUUGUCUGGAGACAAAGCAGCGGCGAUCCUGGAGCACUACAGCACUCCACACAGUCUCAUGUCGGCCUACGAUCGAUGCACAAGUGAAGCAGAGAAAGAGAAGCUGCUGUCAACCAUCCGAUACGGGAAGCUCAAAAGGAACGUGGGUCCGGCUCUGAGCAGAACCGUUUAUCAGCUCUACUGCACUCCGGGUCCGCUGUCAUGAACGUCACCGCUGAACCGUCAUUUAGGGACCUCAUUUCUUUGUCUCAAAGAUCCUCCUCUAACCUCACAGUGUGAAACUUCCAGAGAAAAACACAAUUUACACGCUGAUGUAAAAAACGCUGCUAUAUUUCUGUAAAGAAUUUAACUAAUGUGCACCAAUAAAGUUUGUUAUUUUGAA